AUGAGUGGAGAAAAGAAAUUAGACUUAAUUUCACCCAAUGGACUUGUGGGAAGAGCUGACGGACCAGAUGAUGGCGAAGAUGUGAUAAGCACAGCAGAAACUUUUCCCAUCUGUUCUUGCUUUUGUUGGGAUCAACUGGUUGAUGAGAAUGCAUUUGACAAUCCUCAACAAAGUGGAAAACCACAAUCUGGGGACAAGGUUUAA